AUGGCGAGCUACAUCAAGCGGGCCAACCGUUCGGCCACGCUCAGCUUCUGCCCCGGCGGGCCGUUUCUGGCGGCGGGCAGCGUGGCGGGCGCCAUAGACCUCUCCUUCUCGACCGCCAGCCAGCUGGAGAUAUUCCGCCUCGACUUCUCCAGCACAGACCAGGACCUGCGGCUGGCGGGGGGCGCGGUGCAGGCCCCCGAGCGCUUCUCCCGCCUGUGCUGGGGACCUGCGGGGGUGGACACAAAACACUACCCGUAUGGCCUCAUCGCGGGCGGCCUCGCCGACGGGUCGGUGUGUGUGUGGAACCCUGCCCGCAUCAUCGGGCACAAGGCGGAGGCGGCGGUGCCCGCGUCGCCCGCCGCCACCCGCGGCCAGCUGCUGGCGCGGCUGCAGAAGCACCAGGGGGCCGUGAAGGGCCUGGAGUUUAACGGGUUCAGCCCCAACCUGCUGGCCUCGGGGGGCGCCGACGGCGAGCUGUGCAUCUGGGAUGUGGGCAACCCCAUGCAGCCCUCGCUGUAUCCCGCCAUGAAGGGCGGCGCAGGCGGCCCCCAGCCCGAGAUCACCCACCUGGCCUGGAACCGGAAAGUGCAGCACAUCCUGGGCACCUGCACGGCGGCGGGGACGGUGGUGGUGUGGGACCUCAAGAAGCAGCGCCCGGUCAUAUCCUUUAAGGACCCCUCGGGGCGCAAGCGGUGCUCCGCGCUGCAGUGGAACCCCGAGGUGGCCACCCAGCUGGUGGUGGCCUCCGAUGAUGACAUGGCACCCUCCCUGCAGCUGUGGGACCUGCGCAACAGCGUGUCGCCCAUCCGCGAGUUCCACGGCCACGCCAAGGGCGUGCUGGCCAUGUCGUGGUGCCCCCAGGACUCCUCCUUCCUCCUCUCCUCGGGCAAGGACAACCGCACCAUCUGCUGGGACGUGGGCGCGGGUGAGAUGUACUGCGAGCUGCCUCCCGCCGCCAACUGGAACUUCGAUUGGGCGCCCGGCCCGCUGGCGGGCGUGUUUGCCACUGCCACUUUUGAAGGCCAGGUCGGCAUCACCUCGCUUUCUACCUGCACCGCCGCUGGAGAGGCAGACGGCUUCGCGAUCGGCCAGGGCGCCACAACCGCCUACAAGACCAAGGCCCCCGCCUGGCUCAAGCGCCCGGUGGGCGCCACGCUGGGAUUUGGCGGCAAGCUGGCCCAGUUUGCCAACAGCAAGCGGCAGCUGGCGACGGGAGAGGCGGCGGUCACCGGCUCAGUCACUAUCAGCCAGGUCAUGACUGAGCCAGAGCUGGUGGCCCGCAGCGAGGCAUUUGAGGCGGCCAUCCGCGGCGGCGACCGCGACGCCCUCGAUGCUUUCUGCCGAGACAUGGAGCGGCGGCUCGAGGGCAGCGAGGAGGCGGAGACGUGGGCCUUUCUUCAGACCCACUUUGCCGCCGACGGCCGCAAGUACCUGCUGGAGCGGCUGGGCUUUGGGGAAUACCUGCCCGUGGAUGCCGAGGCGGCGGCCGCCGCCGCGGCCGCAGAGGCCAGCGCUGCAGGCGGGGAGGGCGACGCGGCGGCCGCGGCAGACGCGUUUUCGGCGGCCGCGGCGGCGGCCGAGGGCGUGCAGCAGAUGGGGCUGGAGGCGCCGGCAGGGGCGGCAGCUGCCGAGCAGCUGCUGGCCGGCGACGGCGCCGACUUCUUCGAGCAGAGCCCCGUGACAGACGGUGCCGCCUUUUUCGACAACCUGGCCGGCACGCCGCCCCGCCCCACCUCUGCGCUGUCCCCAGCCAAACGGUCCGCGCCCGCCAGCCCCAGCCAGGCGGCGCCGGGGGAGGGGGCGGUGGUGGACGGCCCCCCUGGAGAGCGGGAGGCGGACAUUCAGAGGAUGCUGUUUGUGGGCAACUAUGCGGGGGCGGUGGAGGCCUGCCUGGAGGCCAAGCGCCACGCCGACGCUCUGGUGGUGUCGUCUGUGAACCUGAUGGAGAAGGCUGUGGUGCUGGGUGUGGGGGUGAACCGCCACACCGCCUCGGAGGCGUUGUCAGACCUGAUUGUGCGGUACGCGGAGCUGCUGGCCGCCAACGGCCGCCUGGGUACCGCCCUGGACUACCUGUCCAUGAUCCCGGGCGAGCCCAGCACGGGUGUGGCUGUGCUGAAGGAGAGGAUCUAUUCGUCUGCAGCCGGCUCCGACCAGCUGCCGCCGGGCACGGUGCCGCCACCCUUCCCCUUCUCUGGGGAGGACGUGGCAGCCGGCUCCUGGCAGCAGCAGCAGGCUGCUGCGCCCGCCGCCUACGGCGCCCAGGCGGGAUACGGCGCCGUGGCGGCACAGGCGCCGCAGCCGACCUACCAGGCGCAGCAGGCGCAGCAGGCGGCGCCCUCCUACCAGCCCUACAGCGCGCAAGGCGGCUAUGCUGCCGCCCAGCAGCAGCAGCAGCAGCUGAAUGGGUAUGGCACGGCUGCGACCACCUCCUGGGGCGGCGGCGGCGAGUACAGCACUGGAGUUGCGGCGGUUGCGCCCCCGCCGCAGUCGCCUGCGCAGCAGCAGCAGCAGCAGUACCAGGCGUACGGCGGCGGCUACGGCAGCGCCGUACCGCCGGCGCCGCCCGCCGCCUACCAGCCCGCCGCCGCCGCCUAUGGCGCGCCGCCGUCUCCUGCAGGCACCCCCACCUCCGCGCAGCCCCACCCCGUGUCGUACCAGCAACAGCAGGCCGCCUACCAGCCCGCGGCGGCGGCGCCGGCCGUCUACCAGCCCUCCGCCGCCGCCUCGGCGCCUGCCGUGUACCAGCCAUCUGCGGCGCAGGUGGCGGGUCCGCCGGCGGCAGCCCAGGUGUACCAGCCUUCUGCGGCGCCCGCCGCCACGUACCAGCAGGCGCCCGCUGCGCCCGGCCCCUCCUCAGGCGUCUACCAGCCCGCCUCCCGCGCGGGCUCGCUGGCCGGCGGUGGCCAGCUGCCCUCGCCCUCCUUUGUGCCGCACCAAGGCCCCGCCGUACCGCCCGGCAUGGCGCCGCCGCCGGCCAGGGCAGGCCCUACGCCCACCCCCAUCACCGCGCCGCCGCCGCCGCCCCCGGGGCCUCCCGCCAACAUCACUCUGGCCAAUGCCGACACAUCCUCCGUGCCGGCCCACCUGCAACCCAUCGUGGCUUCCCUCACCAACCUUUACAGGAUGUGUGAGAUGGCGGCGGGGGCCCACCCCGGCAAGAAGCGGGAGGUGGAGGACAGCAGCCGCAAGCUGGGGGCGCUGUUCUGGAGGAUGAACAAGGGUGAGGUCAGCCAGAGCGUGGGCACCAAGCUGCUGCAGCUGUGCCAGGCCCUGGAUGGCGGCGACCUGGUCUCCCUCACCACCAGCGAUUGGGACGAGUGCUCCGCCUGGCUCACAGCCCUGAAGCGGCUGAUCAAGGCGCGGCAGAUGAUGGGCUGA